UCUGCUUAUGUGGUUCUGAGUUUGCGCACUUGUCCGUACUUAUCUUGCACUAGCCCUCCCAUUCUUGUCGGUGAUCUCCUUCACAUAUCAAUAUCAAUACCGGAGGCAAAUUCACUGGGCUCUUUCUCGUCGAAGUGCUGCACUACCGAACUAUUACUCGCGGACAACGUGUUUCACUGCGCCUUUUCUCAACCACCUAUUCACUACAAUCUACCCAAAAUGGCGCCCAUCGCACUGUACGAGGAGAACGCUCCUGUGGCACAAUCGACCAAGAGCGUCGCCCCAGCUGAACAGAAGGAACUCACUCCUCUAGAGGCCCUGGCGCACCAGGAAAACAGCAAAGCACUCCCUAAGAUCCCGACGUUCAGUACCCAUGCCGAGAAGCGUCAAUGGCAACUUGAGCACAUGGCGGGCUGUUUCAGAGUGUGGGCUCGAGAAGGAUACGCUGAGGGAAUUUCUGGUCAUAUCAGUGUACGCGAUCCAGAAUUCGAAGACCGUUUGUGGAUCAAUCCCCUCGGAGUCCACUACGGAAUGAUGAAGGCGAGCGAUAUGAUCUGCAUCAACUUCCACACCAUGCAGGUUGUGGGAGGCAAUACUGAGGUUCCAGCAAAUGCUGCCGGCGUCCAGAUCCACAGUGCUGCUCACAGACGACGGCCCGACGUCCACGCCGUCUGCCACGCACACUCCAUCUACGGCCGAGCAUAUUCAGCUUUCGGAAAACCACUCGAGAUGCUCAACCAGGAUGUCUGCAACUUCUACAACGCCCACUCGGUCUACGAAGCCUACGGUGGAGUUGCUCUGUCCGGCGAGGAAGGCGAGAACAUUGCGAAGGCAUUGGGCAGUGGCAAGGGCUGUAUCCUGAUGAACCAUGGCCUGCUGACGGUCGGAAACACGGUGGAUGAAGCUUCGUUCUUGUACAUGGUCCUGGAAAGGAGUUGCAAGGCACAACUGCUCAUCGAGGCCGCUUGUGCCGGAGGAAGAGUGCAAAAGCGACCAAUCGGGGACGAAGAGGCAGCAUACAACUUCAAAUGGAACAGUGACCCCGAGUCAUUGUACUAUGAGAUGCAAAGUCAUCUGAAGUACGAAGAAUAUCUAGCCGGCAGUGACUACAAGAACUGAGGAACCUGUGAGAGUGCAGAUGAUCGAAGUGGUGUCCGCAUGGUCUCGCAGUCUUGUCAGGGACGGCUCCCGGCUGAGGCUGUGCGGGGAUGGUUUUAUGUUGUAUAGUAAAUAUGAGAGGACGCAAUGCUCCGAAAAGGACACUGAUUUUCCAGGGAUUUUGACCGAGGAUGAUAUAUCCGUGUAUACCAAUGGAAAAGUUCAUGAUUUGGAA